ACUCACUCACUCACUACUUGAUUCAGACAUUUUGUUAAAUAAAUUCUUAUUUACUACAAUUACUAUUCUUCUAUACUCCUUAUCCCAUCUCAUACCCACUAAAUCUAUUCCCUAUAUAAACAAUUGGCCAAAACCAUAUAGACAACACCAUAAUAUAUUAAAGUGAAAUAUGGGCUCAAAUAGGCUCUACUGCUCUUCCUUAACCUUCAUAAUAUUGCUCCUUUCCAUUUCCAUACAAUGUCAUUCAGGGAAAAGUGAAGUACUCAAAGUAAAUUACUAUAAUGAAAGUUGCCCAAAAGCAGAAGAAAUCAUAAGGCAAGAGGUUAUCAAAUUGUACAAUGAACAUGGUAACACAGCUGUUUCUUGGGUUAGAAAUCUCUUCCACGAUUGCAUGGUCAAGUCAUGUGAUGCAUCUGUAUUGCUAGAGACAUGGAAUGGGAUUGAAUCAGAGAAGAAAUCAGGAAGGAGUUUUGGGAUGAGAAACUUUAAGUAUGUAAACACCAUCAAAGCUGCAGUUGAAAAUGAAUGCCCUCUUACUGUUUCAUGUGCUGAUAUUGUUGCUCUUUCUGCUAGAGAUGGCAUUGUCAUGUUAGGAGGACCAAGAAUAGAAAUGAAAACGGGAAGAAAGGACAGUAAAGAAAGCCAUUUGACAUUAGUGGAAGAUUCCAUUCCUAAUCAUAACGAUUCCAUUUCUUUGGUGCUUUCACGAUUUCAGUCAGUUGGUAUUGAUAUUCAAGCCACUGUUGCCCUUUUAGGGGCUCAUUCAGUGGGCCGAGUCCACUGCGUGAAUCUUGUGGAUAGAUUAUACCCAACAGUGGACCCAAGUUUAGAUCCAACAUAUGCGGAGUACUUGAAACGUCGUUGCCCAAGCCCAAACCCGGAUCCGAAUGCAGUGUUAUACGCAAGAAACGACCGUGAAACUCCGAUGAUCCUUGACAACAAUUACUUCAAGAAUAUUCUAAAGCACAAGGGUCUUCUCCUUGUGGACGAACAGCUCACUUCUGAUCCUUCUACUCUGCCUUUCGUCCAGAAAAUGGCUGCCGAUAACGACUACUUCCAUGACCAGUUCUCUCGCGCCAUACAACUCUUGUCCGAGAAUAACCCACUUUCUGAAGACCUUGGCCAGAUUAGAAAAGAUUGCCGUUUUGUUAAUAAGUGAAUUAAUAAAUUAAAUAAUCUGUAACAAUAAUCAUUAUAAUUAAUAAAUGUUACCCCUUUCUAUCCGGUUAAAA